GUCGGAAGCAGGAGAAUGGUGGCUGGACAUGGGUGACAUGGUUUCUGGCCAGUCCAUCAUACGUAAGAUUGUUGUCAGCAACACAGGAGUGAGGUCAUGUUUCAUUAAAGCUGCUCUGACGGGUAUUUGAAUUGGUUUAUUAACUGUCUUUCGUUUAUUUGUUAAAAUGGUGCACUAAAGCUCUUUUAGUUAAUUUAUAUAUAUAUGAAUGAGGGAGUCAAACAGGCAGAAGAUGUGCAAAACAAAGCCCGUGCAACAAAAAGAGCAUUAUAGAAUGCCAAGGUUAACCAGAAGUCAAGGUUCUCCGGUGAGAAGCGCAGCCGAGAUAGCCAUUCCAGGGUCGGUUUCAUAAGCCAUUUGAGGUGUGAAUUAGCUACUCCAUCAUCACACAAAGACAAAAUGAUGCUAAUGGCUUUUUUAAGUAUGGCAUUUUCUAAAUAAAAGCAUCUCAUAAUAGAAUGAACUUCUCAUGUGCUAUUUUAAAGAAAAUGAAGAAUGUUCAAAACGCUACAACAACAAUAAUUUUCUGGUACUUGUAGUUUAUACUUAACAUGUGCACAGAUACCAAAUCUAAAGUCAGAUUUUGUGUAGUCCAUCAAGAUUUUAAGUUAUGCAGCUUCAUGUGAAAAUUAAAUUGUGUAUUAUGCCAAUAAAUUACAGAACUGGAAUUUGCCUAUAAUUGUGACUAUACUCAGCGUGAGUAUUCAGAACAAAAAUGUGAAAAACAAAGUACUAUUCUUUUAAAACUUGAAAUUAAAAUUUAACCUAUUUCCAAUAAAGAAAUUUUAUGUUUGCAUAAAUUUAAAAAGAAAAAAAAAGUAAAUAGAAAGUCUUAAUAAAAAUCGUUCAGAAAUCUAUUUUAAAAUUUUGCAGUACCACACAAUUUAAGAGGACAAAAAAAUAUUGUCAUGUUUUUAAAUCUAAUGUGAAUAAAAGUUUCUUUCUCCAAUGAAAGCACACUUUACAAAAUUUAGUCUCCAGCUUAACUAUAUAAGAGUUCAAAAUCGCUUUAGGCACUUCCUCUUGCGUUUGUGAGUGGCUGCUGUUGCCUGCUGCAGAAACCAGCUGUAAGCACCCCUUGUGUAUGAAUAGCAGUGGCCUUGAUACCGUGUUUCCAAGGUGAGGAAAUCUCUCUCCAUGCUCAUCGCUUUCAUCAACCAAGUUUGAUGGUAAAAAUUCCAGAUGUGAAUGUAAGAAUUGCAUUUUAGGGACGUCAGGCAACCAAGUUGUUUGUGGCUGUGAGCAUGCUGCUAACCAGUUCAGCAUAAUUCUGGAGAUUCAAAAGAAAGUUUUGUACCACUUAUGUACAUGCACCAGAAGCAGCAAGUUCAAGUGGGCUCAUCUUGCUUUUAAAUACAGUAUUUUUCAUCGUUCGCAGAUUUCUGGCCCAAUAAAAAUUCCAGAUUUAAGCUAAGCAUCAUGUUUUAUUGCUUCAAAUUUCUCUUUCAGAUUCUGGAAACCAUUGUUAAUUAUGAUCCAUUGCUAUUAAAAAAUGCUUCCCAUGGGGCCCAGAUUAAUGUGAAGUGGUGGAAAGUUCAUUUUCAAUAGAUCAUCCAAUGAUAUGUAUUGUAAGAGGCCACUGUUUCACUUUGUAAUGCUGUUCCACAAGCAAAAAAGUUCAUAUGAUUUGUGUACCCCAGAUGAAAUCCUAGAAGAAGUUCUACCACUUUCAGGUCAGCACAGGUGUGUCAAUUGUGUUCUGAGCCAAUGAUCACCUUUUAAAAUGAAUUUCACAUGUCUCUUUGAGGCCUCAGCAUGAGUUAAAUGAGUUAUAUGUUAUAGGAACAUACGAUUUUUCGUUACCAUUGUGCAACAACACAGCUUUCAAACUCCAGUCUCCACUGAUCAGGAAGAUAUUCGCAACCUAGUUAAAGCAAUAGACUGUUCACAUCAGUACUGAAAGAGAUAUUAUUGUCUAGUUUAUAGUUUGUAUAUAUAAUAAUACCUGUACUAUAUAUACAUUUCUUGAAUGCUUGCAUAACUUAAAAUCUAGACGAUCUAGGCAGAUUCUGACUUCACAUUUGGGAUCAUUGCGUUUAAAUCCAUAUAACCCAUAUGUUUUACUUUCAGUAACAAUAUCUUUGUUGACCAGUGCAAUAUUGUGGAAUUAUUUUUCUAUUAAAUAUUUAUUUUUAUAGAUAAUUCUAUUAAAUAUCUAUUUUAUUUAUGUCCCAAAUCAUUUGAAAGUAAUUCAUGAUGCCUUUUACGUAUUUUGGAAAAUAAAAUGAAAUUAAAGUUUGCUUUGGCCAUGACAGCUCAACAGUGAAAAUGAUCUACUGGUUGGGACAUUAAAAUAAUAAAAUAUUGUACUCUCUUCUUAGAUGUCUCAGGCCACGAGUUUCAACCUAAUCGUGGCACUAUAAUGCCCCCUGGCCUUUUAAUGCCGCCUGGCGAUUCAAAGGUGGGUAAAGAUAGCUGUCUUUUGGCAGUGCUGAUAUAUGGCUGUCUUUUAAGUGACAGUGCUGAUACAUGGCUAAUCUUUUAUGUGGCUUUGCAGAUACUCGUCUUUCUUUUAUGUGGCAGUGCCGAUACAUGACUGCCUUUUAAGAGGCAUUUGAGAUACAUGGCAGUCUUUAAAUUUAAAGUGACGAUGGUGAUACAUAAUAAUCUUUUAUGUAACAUUCUUGAUACGUAGCUGUCUGUAAAGUUGAUACUGAUAAAAUAUUAUAUAAUUAUAACAACAUUUUUUUUAAAAGUGCACCGUUUUUCAUGAUUUGCUCAAUAUAUUUUGAGGAUUUACAUCAGCGGUUACUCGGCUAGCAACAGUGCCAAGUUUAUUGCUUAUUUGUUCCUGAAAAUGUGUCUUUGUGUUGUUUGAUGAAAUAAAAAAACAAAAUUUCUAACACGACCCACAGUAGCAAAGCUUUUAAUCCAUUGAUUUUUGCGAAAUUCUGCCGAUGAUAAUUUCUCAGACUUUGUUGAUAAAUUUUAUGCCUUUUCUAAUUUUACAUUAUAUUUUUCUGUAAUUUAAGGAGCUAGUUGUGAUGUUGAACCCAACUCAGAAAGAAAUUAAUAUGUGUGGCUGUGGCCGAGCCCUUGUAGCAGUCUUGGAGUUAAUGUAUGGGGAUGAAGUCAACAGACAGCUUUUCAUUGCGUGAGUACAUUCACUAUCUUGGGCAUUUUAAUUAAAAAUCAAAAAUUUAAUCUGUUCAGUUCUUUCACGGUUUAAAUAUUUAAGAUUUCUGUGGUUUUAUGCUACGCUUAAAUAUUGGCUAUGAUGUUCUGUAUUUUUAAAUAUUAAACUACUAAAUUUUAUGUGAUGUUCAAAUGAUGCUUUUGAGGUUUAUCCGCAAUUUAAUUGUAAGAAAUUAUUUUUAACCCAAGCCAACCAGGGAAAGCUCCAAAACAUUUUUUGGACAAAUUUGAUAUUCCAAUGAUGUCGAGCCACAAAGAGUUAUUCAACAUAGAAAGUGAGUUUUAAUUAAUUACCUUUUGAUGUAUGCCAAUUAUUAUUAGAUAUAUUUCAUAUGUUAGAUGUUUAUCAUAUGAGAAGCUGAGCAGUGCCAUGAGAACCAGCGUGGGCAAAGUAUGUAUGCAUCGGACUCGACACACAAGUACCCCACACAUACUAUUUUAAAGAUUUACUCCCCCAAUCUGCUAUGCUCGACAAAUCAAUUCAGGGCACGUGGACCAAACAUAAACUUUUAAAAGUUACUUGGAAAAUCCAUCCAAAAAAAAAGAUGUGCAGCACACCUGUGGUUUAGAUGCCCCCCCCCCCCCUUCAAAAAAAAAACCCCUGGUUUUAUAAAAGCUCGACAAAUCAAUUCAGGGCACGUGGACCAAACAUAAACUUUUAAAAGUUACUUGGAAAAUCCAUCCAAAAAAAAAGAUGUGCAGCACACCUGUGGUUUAGAUGCCCCCCCCCCCCCUUACAACAAAAAAGCCCUGGUUGUAUAAAGAUAUUAUAAUUUGCUGCAAGAUAAAUAACUGCAGAUUGUAAAAAGUUUAGGUGAUUGGCUGUGUAUAUUUUAUAUGAAAAGAUUAUGUUAGCCCUCAAAGCAGCUUGUGACUUAUAUUGACUGCAAGAACAUCUGGCACAGACUGAAAAUAUAAUUAAAGAAUUUUUAUCUUUUCCAGUGAAAAAUAUUCAAAGCCAUGGGGAUAAUUACUCCCUGUUGAAGAAGUCUACAUCAAAAUUAAGCAUUGGUGUUUAUGGAAUGUCCAUGAAGGCCAAGCAUCCAGGUUCACCAACACUGGCUACCAAACUUACAGCUUCUCCUGUCGUUAGGUUUGUCUUUAAUACUUUUAAACAAAUAAAAAAUAAUAAUUCAUGGAAAAAAAAAUGUAAACAAAAAUUAAAAAAUUAACAUUUGGUCAUCACGAAGAGUCAAGUCUCUUUGACAAUAUUUUUUAGCUCUUACUUAGUGAGUCAUUAACUAGUUCAACUGGAUUGUUUUGCAUAAAAAAAUCACUUCAGUGAAAAAAAAAAGGAAGUGAAAUCAUCAAAGCAUAAAACAUUACUUUCAAAUAUUAAAGAAUCAUUACAAGGGUACUUUUUAGAUUAUUUAUUUUUAAAGACAAAUCAAUUUUUGUAUGCUUCAGCUUAUAUUUAAUAGACCAAAUUCAUUUACAUCUAUCAGGUAAAUUCCAUAGACUAAAUUCAUUUACAUCUAUCAGGUAUAUUCCAUGGACAAAAUUCAUUUGUAUCCAUCAGGUCACCAGCAUACCCCUCCCGACCCGUCCUGACACAAGUCAACUCAAAUAUAAGUCAAGCAGAUAAGAAUAAAGAUGAAUGGAUCGUAGCUCCCAGUGAGAUUCAUCUGAAUGGUUGGUUCAGUCUGUAUAGAUGUAAUCCUUUUUAUCAACAUCUCUUAGGAUAAGGGUGUUUUUAUUGGCCGGUGAGACUGUUGGCAGCUAAAUUUUGUUAAUUCUAAGCAACAGUUACCUGAGCCAUCAAAGGCAGUUAAUUUUGUUAAUUCUAUGCAAGUUAGCUGAGCCAUCAAAGGCAGCUAAUUUUGUUAAUUCUAUACAAAAGUUAAGUGAGCCAGUUAGCUGAGCCAUAAGGGGCAGUUAAUUUUGUUAAAUCAUCGACACUAUUAGUGACUAGUCAGAUUUGUUAAUGUUUCUUAUUGGUCCCAUUUGUUUAUAUUUUAGUUGGAGACACUUCAUCUAAGGACACUGUUCAGGUCAUCAAUUUUUCUUCAAAUGAGAUCUCGUAAGGAUUCUUCAUAACAUAUUAGCUUAUAAUGAAUCAGUUAUCUUAGAAGCAAUUGUGAAUCUGUGUAUUUCUUUUUUUUUUUCUUUUUUAAAAGUUUUAUAUUUUACCUUAAAAAAAAAGAAAUAUCCACCAGAAGUUUGGAGCUGUAACUGCAUCUUUCACUUAUACCACUUAUAGGUUCCCCCAAAAAUUGUACAUUGUUAUUAGAAAUUGGUUUGACAGAAAAAUGAUUGACAGACGUUUGGAAGAAUGGAAGUCAAGUCAAAUUAAAAACUUUUGUUGUUGUUGUUAAGUCUUAGAGGUGAGAGUAAGAAAUGGGAAAGAUUUGUUCAAAAGGAAAUUGUUUGAAGUAAGAAAUAGAAAAAACAACACAAUGUUGCUAAGGCUAAGAGGUGUGAGUGAGAAAUGGGGAGAUUUGCUCUCACGGAAUAGUGAUCGAAUAGUAAAAAUACAAAACAUACCGUGGUCUGUACAGUUGGCCUUGUAUGAUCAAUGACGAGUACUAAAAUAUAAAUAAAAACUAGUACUUUAGUUGAUGGCUACAUGUACCGGUACAGAAAGAAAGAGAAGCAGCUUGAUGUACAAUUUUUUGGAAACGCGAAAACGUCAAAGACUGUUUGUUAGCAUGACGAAUUGUGGCCUAACUGCUCAUAAAGCAUCUAAUAGCUCCAAAAUUGAGUAAAUAAUGAACAGGACUGAGAUUGACAUUACACAGAAAAAUUCAACCUAGUUUCAGUUCUACCGAAUUUCAGUUUGAGCAAAAUUCUGUCAAUCAAUUUUCCAUCUAACAAAUUUCUUUCAAACAAAUUUCCAGAUUCAGGACAUAACAUGGCAGAGGCAUCAUAAAAAUAUUUGUAAGGAUUUGGGCUCACAGUGAAUUAGGUUGUAUAUGCUUAUUAAGGUGUGACCAAAUAUUCAGUGUUAGUUUAGCAGAGCUGAAUUCCUAACCACCAUCCAAGUGUUCUUGUGUUGAUGUAAUGUUACUGUUUCUCGCUGAGCCACAUAUGACCCCACCUCAUGAAAUGAUUUAACUUGGUGAAUGGGAUCAGGGUCACCCAAUUGCCAGGCCAGGGGUGGAUUGGUCUACUCUUAUUUAGCAGGCCAGAUAUUUAUAACAACGCUCAGGUCUAGUUGGUCAGUUGGAGAGAUGCCGGAGACAUGCAACAAUGCUCAUAUCUAGUUGGUUAGUUGGAGAGAUGCUGGACAUAAACAACAAUGAUCAGGUCUAGUUGGUCAGUUGGAGAGAUGCCGGACAUAUACAACAAUGCUCAGGUCUAGUUAGUCAGUUGGACACAAUAAACAUGUUGUUACUGAGCAGAGAGCCCCUGUGACCAAGAAUACAUCUGAUGUUAAAUGUGCAAAGUAAAGUGAUGAAUAGACCCAACUGACCUGGGACCAAGAAUACAUCUGAUGUUAAAUGUGCAAAGUAAACUGAUAGAUAGACCCAACUGACCUGGUACCAAGAAUACAUCUGAUGUUAAAUGUGCAAAGUAAAGUGAUGAACAGACCCAACUGACCUGUGACCAAGAAUACAUCUGAUGUUAAAUGUGCAAAGUAAAGUUAUGAAUAGACCCAACUGACCUGUGACCAAGAACACAUCUGAUGUUAAAUGUGCAAAGUAAAGUGAUGGAUAGACCCAACUGACCUUUUCUUCCUUUGAUUCUCUGAGGCAUUUUUUUGUUUCCUCAGGUUUUCUGUAGACUGUGAUGAAAAUAUUUCUGUGAUGCCAAAGGUUGGCACGGUGCAGUCCAAGUAGGUCCAUGAACAUUCAAGUUUUCGUUAAUUAGCUUUUUAUUUUUUAAAAAUAUAUUUAUAUAAUUUUUGAAAAUCUUUUUGGUCUGCAUGUAAAUUGGAAAAGGACUUUAGAACUGUGAUUUUUUUAAUGUUCAAAUUUCAAACAAAUGUACCGUAUUUUCCGGCGUAUAAGACGACCCCCUAUUUUCCUUUUAAAAUCUAGGGUUUGGUUGUACACCAGCUCAUAAGACGACCCCCGGCAUAUAAGAUGACCCCCAACGUUUGAAAAGAUUUUCAUAGGUUAAAAAGUCGUCUUAUACGCCGGAAAAUACGGUAAGGACUUGAUAAUCUUAGUCAAUUUUUCUAUGUAUUUCUUCAGGGCCACAACAAUGCUGAACAUAAGUCCCAACCUUUCUCAUCCAGGCUUUAAAGAGAGUGCCAGCUUGUAUGGACUAGUUCGUGUGCACAGUCAGAAUCAAAUUAAGGUCAGUUGGUCGGUUGCAAUGGUAAUAACCUUGAGACUGAUGUUAAGUUGCAAAGUUACCCUUACCAUGUAGCAGCCCAAACACUUGUUUUCUUGGUGGUGUGAGACCGCACCAAUAACGACUAAACAUGUUUAUAUUUUUGUUGCUUUUGGGCUUCCCCACAUUACUUGCACUAGCACAAUGCUAGAACUGUAUCAUAUUGAAUAUAACACAGUGUUAGAGCUGUAUAACAUUGAAUAUAACACGAUGCUAGAAUUGUAUAAUAUCAUUGAAUAUAACAUAAUGCUAGAACUGUAAAAUAUCAUUGAAUAUAACAGUAUUAUUAAAUACUAUAAUUAUUAAAUAUUAUAAUUAAAAAUGUCAGUAUUAUUCUUUAAUUAAAAGAAUGCCUAUAUUCUUGAGAAAUUAAAUAAAAAAUGUGUUACCUGAGAGAGGUUAGUUCUGCGUUAAAUUUACUUGUUCUUACACAUCUUAAUUUUCUGGAACUUAAUAAAAAUCAAAUUAUAGAUACUGUAACGAUAUUAUGGAGUGAUGAUGUUACUUGUAAAAUAUAGUUGUAGUAUUAACUAUUCACGUUCACAAGCACAUUCACAAAAGUCUGUUGUUUAAGCAUCACAAGAAACAUUUAUUAGAUAUAAUUACACCACAUGAAAUGCAUCUCUGAAAUUGGAGUAAAAUAUAAUUGACGUUGUCUAUUUACUUCACAUAAUUAAUAUGAUUCUUACACAGAUCUAUUGACUGAAUAAUCCAAUGCUAUAAGAUUCACAAAACCGAUUUUACGUCCAUGAUUGUUCAUCCUCUCUGUGCAUCACCUAUCAUAAUUAACUUCCUGUUCCUUCUAACUUAUAAAAACAAUACAUUAUUCUGAAACAAAAAUAUUAUCUAAAUAUUUGAUCUAUGACAGAUACUUAACUAUCUUUCAACAGUACAUCAAAGUAUAUGUCACGCAUAAGCCAGUGAGGCUAAGUCAAGCUGCUACAGAAAAGCAUAUUUCAACAAGUAAACAAGUGACAACAUCAUUUGCCGCACCGUCCGUUGCAUUGCCCAGUUACCCAGUUGAGUAUCCCUCCAAACUAUCUGCCGACAAAGUCUCGGCCAGACCACUAGGAGCAAUAAACCCACCACAGCCCACCACAGCCCAUCGACAGACAGAUAGAUCUUUUGCCGUAAUUCAAGCUUCUGAU